AGCGCCUCGGACAUACCAGGCCCUCGGUAAGGCCAUGGUGGGGAUGGACCCGCCGUCGACCUGCGCUAUUCGUUCGAUGCUCUCGCUACCCCCCCUCCCCACCAAAGGAUUGGCAGGACCCUGAACUCCCUCACUGUAGACUUUUUGUGGCGCUCGAAGAGGGCUUCAACCAGCUGUUCACUACUGGAACCAACCACGCUCGCGCGCAUAUAGAAUGUGUCACAAUGGCAUUGAACAUUGCUAUUCUAGUGUUGGAACAUUGUCAAGAUACUUUAGCCAUGUGGUCAGGGCCCGAGAUCUAGAUCGGACUUAAGCGAAUUCAUCCCACCUAUUAACGUUGCGGAAAUACUCCGGCGGAUUCGGAGUGCCUGAUUGUGUCAUCUUCAUCACGAUUCCGCUGCCUCUGCUUGGAUCAUCGCCAUAGCUCGAGGAAGUGUCGGAUCCAUCACGCUGAUGAUCUCAAGAUAGCCUUAUCACACUUGAUGACCACUUGGGGUUAUCCUGCAGACACUGCCCGAUAUGACAAAGGCUCUGAUCUUUGGUACGGGUUCUGUGGGAUGUGUGUACGGAUAUAUCUUGUCCAAAGCCGGUGUCCAAGUGGUCACAGCGUGUCGAAGUAACUACGAAGCUGUCAACGAGGCCGGCAUCACCAUUCGUUCGGCGCUUUUCGGCAACAUUCAUUACAGGCCGACUGCCGUCCGCAACUUGGUAGAAGCCAACUCUCAUGGCCCCUUCGAUUACAUUUUGGUCUGCAGCAAGGCCUUCCCUGGCGUCAGCACCCAGAUCGAGAUAGCUGUUGGCGCCGAGACUUCCAUCGUGGUCGCCCAGAAUGGGAUCGGCAUUGAGGAAGAGUAUCUGCAGCGAUAUCCCAACAACACCAUCAUUUCCGGCGUCGUCUGGCUACCGACCGUACAAGUAGCACCAGGCGUCGUGGUGAUGGGCCCAAACGAACGAAUCGACCUGGGAACAUACCCUGCGAACGCGCCAGCCUCGGCCAAAGCCAAAGUUGAUGCUCUGUCGAAACUGUGGGUAGCUGGCGGAGGAAAUGCCCCAGUGUACGAUGAUGUUCAGGCCCGCCGCUGGUUGAAACUCUCCGUUAAUUUUGCCUUCAACCCUAUAUCAGCUUUGACCCGAUGUGACGGGCCCAAUUUCCUGCUCUCCUCCGAGGUCGCCGACGAUAUCAUCGUCAAAGUGAUGAGGCAAGUUGGCCAGAUCGCAGCGGCUGAGGGCUAUACCGACAUCACCGAAGAGUCCAUCCAGGAGAGGAUGAAAUUCCACCGGGCUCGGACGAAGACCGGAGGCAAAGAUCCCAGUAUGUUGAUGGAUGUGAAGGCAGGAAGGCCCAUUGAGGUAGAUGCAAUCUUGGGGAACACACUCCGAAUUGCGCAGAAGCAUAAUAUCGACGUGCCUUUGGUAGAAAUGCUGUAUGGGUUAGCCACUGCUUUGAAUUUCUCGAUUGUCAAGGAUGAGCGCUGGGUUCCGGUCCUCGUGGGCUGAAGAAACGAAAAUUUCAGCGGCAAGAGAGGCAACAGAAUAGAAGCAUCAUAUUCUUAGAAUUCAUCAAGAGCUCUGCAC